UCACAACGUUUAGACAUGGCGGUUUAGUCUAGCAACGGCCCCGGACAGCGAGCACACACUGUUGCGUGUAAACAAAUCAAGAUGCCGAUAGGAAAGAGGGAAGAAUUUUGGGUGAAUGAGAGCAUAAAGAAUGAUUCUUUUGAAUCUUUCUUUAACGUGGGCAAGGAAUUGGGGAGGGGUGCUACCUCCUUUGUAUACAAGUGCGAGCAGAAGGGUACUGGUAUUCCAUGGGCAGCCAAAGUAAUCAAGAAACAUGUAGAUAAAAAAGUUGUGCGCACAGAGAUAGGAAUCCUGUUGAAAUUAAGUCAUCCCAAUAUCAUUAGACUUAAAGAGAUCUAUGAGACCCGGACAGACAUUACACUGGUGCUGGAGCUGGUGACCGGAGGGGAGCUGUUUGACAGAAUUGUGUCUCGUGGCUUCUACAGUGAGAAAGAUGCAGCCAAGGCAGUGCGGGACAUGCUGACUGCAGUUGAUUACCUGCAUGAAAAUGGUGUGGUACACCGAGACUUGAAGCCAGAAAACAUGUUGUAUGAAAAUUUGGCUCCUGAAUCAAAGCUGAAAAUAGCUGAUUUUGGGCUGUCAAAAAUAAUAGGACCAGAAGUUACCAUGACAACAGUUUGUGGCACACCUGGAUAUUGUGCUCCAGAAGUUCUCCUUGGAAGGAAGUACACCCAGGCAAUUGACAUGUGGAGUGUGGGUGUCAUCACAUAUAUACUUUUGUGUGGCUACGAGCCAUUCAGUGCUGACACAGACCGUCAGAUGUACAAGCGCAUCAUCAAGGCAGAUUAUAAGUUUGAUUGUCCCUGGUGGGACGAGGUGUCAGAGAACGCUAAGGACCUUGUACGAAAGAUGCUGCACCUGGACCCUAAAAAGCGUGUGACUGCUGCAGAAGCUCUUAAACAUCCGUGGGUGAUGGGCAAGGCCGCUCGUAUGGACCACAUGGAGUCCACCUUCGACAACAUCAAGGAGUUCAAUGCCAGGAGGAAACUUAAGACUGCAACAGAGGCGGUCAUGGCUGUUGCCAGGGCAACCAGAAAUAUCACUAAUAUAUUUGAUGGUCAAGGCCUAGCAGGUCUUGCAGAACCAUUCCCAGUUGUGGAACAGGCUGGUGAACUCUCUGCACAAGUCAUUGAUCAAAGUGAACUCACUGCUGCUGCGAGCUAAAUCCCUGCUGAUUGGUAAUCAACUGACUAAUCACAAGACAGUGACAUUGAUUGGCUAUUAACUGACCAGUCACAAGACAGUACCUGUAUGGAUUUUUAUCUUCAAUUUUUCUUUGACCGAUGAACAUUGAGUAUCUGUGAUAUUGUGAAAAUGAUCUUAGAUGAUGAAAUGGUGACUUGCAACCCAUGGUAUUGAAGGAUAUCUUGGAAAGACAUACUGAUCUUCAUUGCACCUGAUGGCUACUGAGAAGCUCCCAGUGAUGGAGUAUCUGAUGUUGGACUGUUUGUUACUAUUGUUUUACAUUUAUAAGGUGUUUCAUUUUGUGAAAGAGAUCUUUCAGAAGUCAAUGCCAGUAUAUUCUGCUCUGUUGAUUUGUCAUGGUGAUUUGUAUCUUAGGAUUCUUUCCAGGUAUAUUAAUUUAAGAAAUCAUGCGCAGGUGUAUUUAAAUAUUACUUACUAGUGUUGAGAACCAUGUAUGUUUUCGCCUAUCUUUAAUAUGUACUGGUCUUCCAAUGCAGUAUGUGAUGCAUAUUCUAUUAUCAAUUGCUGAAGAAGUACUUGUGCGAUACAAUAUUAUCUUUAUAGUCAAGAAAUAAACAACGAGGUGUUUAUCAUACAAUAAAACACUGCAGGGAGAAUAAACCAUGACCACAGACCUAAUAGGCUUAUUGUCCCUACUGUGUUUUAUUUUACGAUAAGCAAACAAACAUGAGUUGUGUAUUUCUUUAAUGAUAUUUCAACAUUAUGUCCAUUUUACAAACAGUUGAGUAAACUUUGGUAUUUCCCGCAUAUUCUCACAAUCCUCACGUCUAUUAUCUGUACCUUUUCUCCCAAUACCGAUCGUCAUAUCUCUUCCACUUUUGGAUGCGAUCGUUCUGCCACUGUGUUUAUCUGCGUACCUUGUAGCUGGCUGCUUGAUGUGUCACCUACCACAGGGCUACCUUGUCUGAUGACCUUGUAGCUGGCUGCUUGAUGUAAGUUUCACCUACCACAGGGCUACCUUGUAGCUGGCUGCUUGAUGUGUCACCUACCACAGGGCUACCUUAUAGCUGGCUGCUUGAUGUGUCACCUACCACAGGGCUACCUUGUAGCUGGCUGCUUGAUGUGUCACCUACCACAGGGCUACCUUGUAGCUGGCUGCUUGAUGUAAGUGUCACCUACCACAGGGCUACCUUGUAGCUGGCUGCUUGAUGUGUCACCUACCACAGGGCUACCUUAUAGCUGGCUGCUUGAUGUAAGUUUCACCUACCACAGGGCUACCUUGUAGCUGGCUGCUUGAUGUGUCACCUACCACAGGGCUACCUUAUAGCUGGCUGCUUGAUGUGUCACCUACCACAGGGCUACCUUGUAGCUGGCUGCUUGAUGUAAGUUUCAC